UUUCAACAUCCAUAUGGAGAUGCAGACAAAGAACAGAAACGAUUAGGUUGGGUGGGACAUUAUCUUCGAAUUGACAAGCAAACUACUCCCAACAUAGAAAUGGAAAGAUACAAGAAGGGUUCCCCUCGCGAUAGCAGGAGCAUCACCAACCUCUCUCAUACAAGGGAAAGAAAAAGAAAGAAAAGAUGGCAUUAAGCUCCACAAAUCUCGCUCUAUAUUGCCUUCUGUGCCUGGCAAUCUCAUUAGCCUCUUCUCAUCCAGCCUAUGAGAGCUUCCUCCACUGCCUUUCCCUUCACAGCUCACCUUCCACCAACUUCUCGCAACUCAUCUACUUUCCCAACACCGAUUCCUACUCCUCUCUCCUCCUAUCAUCCAUCCAAAACCUCAGGUUCGCAUCUCCCACUACUCCAAAGCCCCUCCUCAUUCUCCAGCCUGCGGAUGAGUCCCAGAUCCAAGCUUCGGUCAUCUGUUGCAGGAUCCACAGCCUGCCAAUGAGAGUUCGGAGCGGGGGGCACGACUAUGAAGGCCUGUCCUACCGGUCCGACCAGGACAGCCGCUUCAUCUUGCUUGAUCUCGCAGGCCUUAGAUCGGUAAGUGUCGACACGGAGCAUGGCAUCGCUUGGGUCCAGUCCGGUGCCACUCUAGGCGAACUCUAUUACAGGAUUGCAGAAAAAAGUAGCCACCAUGGCUUCCCUGCAGGCCUCUGCCCCACUGUCUGCGUCGGCGGGCACCUAAGUGGCGGCGGUUGGGGGAACUUGAUAAGGAAAUAUGGUCUCGCAGCUGACAACAUCCUGGACGCUACGUUUGUUGAUGCCAAUGGGAGGCUCUUGGACAGGGAGUCCAUGGGGGAAGAUCUCUUCUGGGCUAUCAGAGGAGGUGGAGGAGAAAGCUUUGGUGUCAUAGUCUCGUGGAAGGUCAGGUUAGUCCCUGUCCCCCCCACUGUCACUGCUUUCACCCUCCGCAGGACCUUGGAGCAGGGAGCAAUAGAGCUUCUGAAUAAAUGGCAAUACGUCGCACACAAGCUCCAUGAGGAUCUAUACCUCAAGGUUCAUAUCCAACCCGAGGAGUGUGGAGAGAAGGGAGUGGUGGCUGUUUUUGAAUCUUUGUUUCUUGGGAGUUGUGCUGAGCUGCUCCAGCAUAUCGGGAAGAGCUUUUCAGAGCUGGGGGUGAAGAGGAAUGACUGCAGGGAGAUGAGUUGGAUUCAAUCGGUCCUCUAUUAUGCUCGGUAUAACAAUGGAGAGCCCAUGGAAAUUUUGCUGGAUAGGAGUCUGCAACCGAAGGAAUUCAGCAAGAGCAAGUCUGACUAUGUGAAGGACCCCAUCCCUUUAAGUGGAUGGGAAGGGAUUUGGAGAAGGUUUUUGGAGCAGGGUGCUGGGUUCAUGGUCAUGGAUCCUCAUGGUGGGAGGAUGAGUGAGAUUCUAGAAUCAGAGAUUCCAUUUCCCCAUAGGCAGGGGAAUUUGUUCAAUAUCCAAUAUCUAGUUCGAUGGAAAGAUAGUGGGGCCUCUGCAUCUGAAAAGCACUUGGCUUGGGUUGGGAGGAUGUAUCGAUAUAUGAGGCCUUAUGUAUCAAAGCAUCCGAGGUCUGCUUAUCUGAAUUAUAGGGACCUGGACUUGGGUAAGAAUGAGGAGGGUAACACAAGCUACUCGACGGCUAAAGUCUGGGGUCGGAAGUACUUCAGGAAUAACUUCAAGAGGUUGGCUAUUGUGAAGGGUGAAGUAGAUCCAGAGGACUUCUUCUGGAGUGAACAGAGCAUCCCACCUCUUAUUGUGAACAAAGAAACGAGGUCAAGAUGGAUUGGAUUCAAGGAGCUAAUUUCUAAACCCCGACCACUGAUCAAACGCUUUCUUCGAUUAGCGACCGAUGUAUUGUUGUGAAAUUGGUACACGGUCUCGUCAUUUAAUCUAGUAAGCUCAAAUUCCAAAACAUCGUAUGCCAAACAAAUACUAACCGCAUCAAUCAACAGUUCUCUAAAAAAACUGAAUUAUGGGUACAUUUAUGGUAUCUUUUUGCUGAAAAAAUUGAUACAUUUUUUCUCGUCUCCGAAAUGUACUAGAGUUUGAAGAUGGACUGAUUUUGCCUCAGUGCGGAUCAGUGUAAUUUAAUGCAUGUUUUGGAUGCAAGCCUUUUGUUCCCGGGAGUCCAGACCAUCAAGUCCGAAACUUCAUGGCCUUCUUUGUACCCAUACAGUGGGGGAGGGGGGGACAAUAUACGCACCGUCGGGGGUGUGCCGGACCCAAGGGUGCUCUAGUGCAACAGUGGUGUGAACAUCGGAGGCUGUGUGCUAUGGAAUAAAUCUCCUGAAUCAAUCGACCAUCUCUUCUCCAGCUGCGACUUCUUCGCUUUGCUCUGGAAGAAGAUUUGUUCUCUGCUUGGAAUGCUGCACUCACGUUCUACUUUUGAAGGGAUUUGUACGGAUUUGAAGAGGCGAAAACUUUCACCACCUCUGCACAGCCUUUAGUCAAGUUGGUAUCGGCUAUGGCUUGGGGCUGGUUGGAGGGAACGACACAGAAGGAUCUUCAUCAACAGAAGUUCUUCUCUGUUUCAAGGAUUGGUCCUUCUUCUGUAAUAUCGAGUUAGUGGAGAAGGUCUUCUUUUGUCAUCGCUUGGCUUCUCUGGAUGUUCUUCUGCUGGGUAUGAAAUGCCACUAUGUGCACCAACAUAGCAGUAAUGCUCCCACUGUGAGCCUUUUGGAUUUUCACUCACUUUGCUAAGAAUAGAUCAGUAUGCUAUCUGGCUUGUACGGAUGAUAUACUCUUUCAAGAAACUUCACGAUGCUCUUGUGCCCAUGUCUGCAUCUAUUCUGGACCUAAUAGAUCUUCUUGUCAACCUUCUUCGGCUGUUUCAUUUUCAAGUUCUGAUUACUACGCUGAUUACAUCCAGUUUUCAAUAGUUUGAGAUGAAGUUUUCAAUGUUUCAGCACGAGUAUAUAUGCAACCUUUGCGGUCUUAUCGUUUAAUUCGAUCCGGUUUAAAGUUUUAUGUAGAAUGGUACUUGGCUGCUUGAUGCUAAGGAUGCUCGUUAAUCUCAGAUAAUUUUGGCUAGAAUUUUCUGUUUUACUCCUCUUCAAUAUAAUCUUUGUUUCUUUAGCCACUCUGUAUCCUUCCUGUACUUCUCUUGAAAUAAAAGACAGAUGGCUGCUGUAGCAGCCUCCUUUAUCAUCAAAAAAAAAAGGAAAAAAAGAAUUCUAUGCUGUUAUGUA